AUGCAUUGGUUAAUUCAAAACAAUCCACUAUAUUCAGAUGUACAAAUUGAUUACGAAGCAUUAAAUGCAUUACCAGACAAUGAUAUUCCUUCUGAUACAUCAACAGUUGAGACAGAUGACAAUAUCGUCUCUGAUGAUAAUAAACCAGAUUUAGGUCCUCCAACUGAUAAUACCAGUGAAGAUACAGUAUAUAAUGAUUCCACUGAAAURAGUAGUUUUUUACCUUAUGGUCAACAACAGGAGCAAGAAAUAAAUGCUGUUAGACAACAGCUUUCAGGCGACGAACCAAUGUCAUGGCCUACGGUAGAUAAUCGACCUUUGAAUGAAUAUCAAAUUCCUUUUUUAGCCACUAUGGCAUUCCCUACUUUAUUUCCUGAUGGUAAAGGAGAUCCUACUAAUCAGGCCUUGACAAGAGAUGUAUCCCUUCUAGAUCGAGUUAAACACUUAAUAAAGUUUGCUGAAAAAAUUGAUGGUAAAUGGGUGUACCGUUUUGCUAGCCACCCAAGGUUUUCUUACUGGGCUUUCAAUAUGAUUCAAAGAAAGAGAACUCUUGAACAAACUGGUAUUUUUCUUAAACAAAACCCUAGUGAAGCACAUCUUACAAUCUAUGAACUUCGUGAAAUGGCAGAAAAUAAUGAUUCCACAUCAUUCCUGUCAAAAGUAUCUAGAUAUGUUGCAAAUAUUGCAGGUACCAAUGCUUACUGGCACAAAGUGAAGGAAGAUUUAAAAGCUAUAAUAACUAAUGUAGGUACUCCAACAUUCUUCUUUACAUUUUCAUCGGCUGACAUGCAUUGGCCUGAACUGCAUUCUUUGUUUUAUGAUGCUACAAACACAGAAAUAUCCAGCCAAGGCAGACGUCAAAAUGUUAUUAAUAAUCCUCACAUUGUCGAUUGGUUUUUUACCCAGCGAUUAGAAAGCUUUGUGAAAUGUUGGCUCUAUGAUACACUUGAUGCAAAAUGGCAUUGGUACAGAUUUGAAUACCAAGGUAGAGGUAGCAUUCAUUGCCAUGGUACUGCUAAACUCAAGAAUGAUCCUGGGUUGUGUGAUUUGACUAAGGUUGCAUUAAGAGGAUACUUGGCUCAGAAAUUCAAAGAUGAAAAUACUGUAGAGGAUUCAUCUCAAUUAGACCAGUAUAUUGACUCUGGUAGCAAAGCUGCUGAAACUGCCUGUAAGUAUGUUGAUUGGUUACUAUCAACCAUGAAUCCAAACCCGCCUGACGAAGACAUGUGGAUCAGACCAGAUGUCCAUCCAUGUCAAAGACAAUAUAAAGACAUCCCUGAAUGGGAUAUGAAUUCUGACUAUGUUGAUCUUCUAAACAUGGUUCAACGUCACACACGUUGCAACACAAAUUAUUGCUUAAGAAAGAAGAGCAAUGAGAAGGAACUGAAAUGCAGAUUUAAUUUUCCAUUUGAGCUUUGCACUCAGACUAACAUAGAGUUUCAAAAAGUGCAUAAUAAAAAUGACAAUGAACCACAAUAUAGAGCAAGAAUUGUUACCAAAAGAAAUGAUUCUAGGCUAAAUAACAACCAACGACUUCAAUUACAAGGCUGGAGAGCAAACUGUGAUAUUCAGGUAGUUAUUGACCAKUAUGCUUGUGUAGAAUAUCUCACCAAAUAUGCAACUAAGGGAGAACAGAGAUCACCUUUACUAAAACAAGCAUUUAAUUCAAUAGUGCAAAACACAAAUACCAAUAGCAGUCCACAUAAAGCUAUUAAAAAAGUUGUCAUGAAAACCCUUGGAGAGAGGGACUAUGCAGCUUAG